AGAAGAGAUGGUAGAGAACAAAGAGACGCGGGGAGAUGGAGUCGGUGGGAGUGGAAGGGGUUGCGAACGAGGUGAGGACAGCUUACGAGAGCGGGAAGACGAGAAGCCUUGCAUGGAGGCGGUCGCAGCUCAAGGCUCUGCAGAGGCUCCUCUACGAGGAGGAGGAGGGCAUGUUUACGGCGCUCAAGCAAGACCUCGGCAAGCACCAAGCCGAAGCUUACAGAGAUGAGGUGGGGAUUCUGAUCAAGUCCGUCAACUAUGCGUUGGAAAAUCUGAAGAAAUGGAUGACUCCCUGCCGGGUCCCUGUACCGCUCCUGGCAUUUCCGACGCGCGGAGAGCUGGUGCCCGAACCCCUCGGCGUCGUUCUCAUCUUCUCUUCCUGGAAUUUCCCUAUAGGUCUGUCCUUGGAACCCUUGAUCGGAGCUAUAGCUGCUGGAAACGCGAUCGUUCUCAAGCCGUCGGAAUUAGCUCCUGCAUCAUCCAAUUUUCUAGCAAAAAGCGUGCCCAAGUAUUUGGACAGUAUGUCGGUGAAGGUCGUCCGAGGUGGCCCAGAUGUUGGUCAGAAGCUCUUGGAACAGAAGUGGGACAAGAUCUUCUUCACAGGGAGCUCGCGCGUUGCCCGCAUCGUCAUGGCGGCUGCUGCAAAGCAUUUAACGCCGGUUGCUGUUGAGUUAGGUGGUAAAUCUCCGGCCAUCUUUGAUUCCCUUAGUAGCGCCCGAGACAGAAAGGUGGCUGUGGAACGAAUAGUAGGAGCGAAAUGGGUUCCUUGCUCCGGGCAAGUCUGCAUAGGGGUCGACUAUGUUCUUGUGGAAGAGCAAUUUGCACCGAUUUUGAUUGAUCAGCUAAAAGCCACACUCGAGAAGUUCUACCCAAGAUUUGAUUGCUUAUCCAGGAUCAUCAACGAGCAACACUUCCAACGUCUAAGCAAUCUUAUCAAGGAUCCGUCGGUCGCCGCCACCAUCAUCCACGGCGGCUCCCUCGACUCCGAGACACUGUUCAUCGAGCCGACGAUACUGCUCGACCCCCCGCUGGAUGCCGAGAUCAUGAACGAAGAAAUAUUUGGCCCGCUGCUUCCCAUCAUCACCCUGAAGAAGAUCGAGGACAGCAUCGAGUUCAUAAGGGCCAGGCCAAAACCCCUCGUCAUCUACGCAUUUACCAAGGACGAGAAGCUCAGGAGCCGGAUCACAGCUGAAACAUCUUCCGGAAGCCUUACUUUCAAUGACACCAUGAUCCAGUCGAAGGAGGUGAUGACGUCACCCACAGAAAAGCAUGUUGCACGGUGUGAUCGAUUUGAUGUAGCGUAAGCGUAACUGCAAAGGCUCCUAUUCCAAGUACGAGUCGUCCAGCCAAACAGAAGUGGGUCAGUGCAGCGAUCGACGGAACUGAUUUCAAUUAUUGCACCGAAUACGAAGUGCCACCUGCAACUUAGACAGACUACAAAUCCGAUCAUCGCUGGCGAAUAAGAACUUUGUCUCCCAUUGCAUUUUGACCCACACUUCACACUCACAAAGGAGAAUUGACGUCCAAAUUUCAUCAAGGAGUUGGGGAUCGUACGGCCAUCGUCGUGCCAACAAGGUUGGGUUGCUAAAAGCAGAGAAGGAAGAACAGCAAAAGCUGCUUGCACGUGGGAGCAGCACCCUCCCCACGUUACUCCGGUCAAACUUUUCCAGACUGUUGUGCAUAUUUAUAGAGAGAGAGAUACAUGUAUUUUUAUGUAUCUCUUGCCUUCUAAGCCUCUUAAAAGGGAUUCAUUCCUUCCGUC